AUGAACCCUAUCCUGCAUUGGUAUGGAAAGUUAUUUCAGUGGCUAAGUGUGUGGCUUCAUUAUGUUCUGGGAAGACUUGGCAGAGUUUUUCCUGGAUUCAGUGCAUGGACAACAGGUGUCGGCCAACCUGAAGUGUCACACCAUCGAAGUUCAGACGCGUGGAAAAGCAACAUGGAGCUUCGCACGUAUGACUUUGAAGGCCGAAGCGAUCACAUGAUUAUCAUCCAAACCAACACGCAUGCUUUCCGCGUCAACCUGGAUAGGCUUUCUGAGUGCAGUGAGUAUUUCCGAGCUUUAUCCCAAUCUGGGAUGAGGGAGGCAGAUGAAAACGUGGCCCACCUGAAUCACGUGUCUUCUUCUGUUUUUUACCACCUGAUGGAGUUCUACUUCCACGACAUCUUUGAGACACUUCCAGAGGAAGAGUUAAGCCAACAUAUAGAGGUCAGCAGCUACCUGCUGGCCGAUGCCUUCCUCUCGCAGUGUCUGUCCUUGCUGUCCUGUGAGCUGAGGCCCGAGAGGUGUCUGUCCUACCUUAAUCUGGCUCGGGAGAUCUGUUGCGUGGAGCUGAGGAGCACUGUGUUGGCUUACCUGAGCAAAAACCUGCUGGAACUGCCUCAGAUCAUCAGGUGUCUAAGCAAUGAGGACAAACAAGAGGUCAUCCUCUUGAGGACGCAAGGGAAGCCUUAUCUGUGCACCCUUCGGAAGGAGAACCUGACAUCCUGGAAGGACCCGUCGACCGAGCGCGCCCGGCACGUGUUUGCCGAGCGAAGCGGAACAUGGCGUCCCAUUGCGGAGUUCCCUUUCAGGGCCGACAAGUGGUGUUUCACGGUCGUAGUCCUUUAUAACUACUUGUACAUCAUAGGAGGCUACAGAACACUUGUGAGGAGGAGGUGGGACUUCAAAAUGGCAUCGUUUAGGUAUAAUCCUUUGACUCAGGAAUGGGCUGCCGUUUCGCCACUUAUUAAGCACAGGAGACACUUCAGUGCAGCUGUCUGUGAAGGCCGUAUCUACGCAGUGGGCGGCUGGUACUUAGACUCCCUGGUCAGCCCGGACUCCAACACGGCCUUGUUCACGGCUGUGGAAUGCUACGAUCCGUGGGAGGACAACUGGAGGUUUGUCUCACCGCUCCCCCUCACCGACUUCCAGUUCACCGUCUCUCUAUCUCACGAUGUGCCCCUCGUAACCAGUCUGGGUCACUGUCUGUACAUCCUGGGCAGCAUCCAGAGGACUGGAGAAAAACUACUGCUCCAGUACGACACCAGGCGAGAUUUGUGGUGCGAGGUGCUUCCCACCCUCACGAGAGCGGACGCAGACCUUCCUGCUCUUUAUUUCCUCGGCGCUUCUGAGAAAUUAGUGGUGAUUGGAGGAAACAACUUACACAAUGUGGUCACGUCGUUUUGCACACGCUCGCAGAAAUGGGGACAGGCGCACAGUGUGCGAAAAGUGGCAUUAGCGGGCCAAGGGAUGCUGCUGGGCGAUCAAGUGGUGAUGCCAAGUGUGGAGCACAACAGUGUCGUAAGCAUAGAUGUCCAAAGUCUCUCCAUGAAGGUUCUGACUCCUCUGCCCAUCGCCAUAUGCUAUGAAGCUGUCUUUUACCUUCACUUUUGA